UUUCUGGUCUAGUUUCCUGUAUGACAUUUUCACUGCCUGAUGUUACAGCAACCAAUCAGAACUCUUCUGGGUGCAGCAGGAAGAGGUGCUACUGAUUCAGUGGAAGGUGUGAUGACAAACUGUAUUUGGGGCAAGGAAGCUCCUUUAGGUACAGGAGGCAAUUUUGGUUUGUUCUGGCAGAAACCCAAGGGGAUUCAGAGAUUUGGAGCAUCAAAAGAAGCUGUAAAGGACGUGCACACAAUCCUGAAAGACUUAGAGGAUGAAUGUAUACCUGAUAGAUUUAUCUCAUCUAUGCCAACCCUUUUACCCCCACACCUGCAUAUAUUGCCUGAAGGAAACCUGGAGUUUGACGAUGGAGCAGGGUUUUCGCCACAGCGUGUUUCAGAUUGCAACGAAGGACUAGAUGACAGGAACCAUGGAAACAGUAGUGUGGAUGAUCAAAGGGGAGUCUCUGACACAGCAGUUGACGGAAAUGUUCCCAUAGAUUGGAUUAAGGAGGAAAUCUAUCAAAAUAGUGACAUAAAACCUGAUGAAGAGCUAGGAGCAUGGCAGCCAACAAGCUAUCAAGGUGGUGGUUGGGAUGAUAUAGAUACAGUGCCUGGACUGAGAAGCUUGGACAAUGUUUCCUCUGAUGCAACUGGAUUCAAAUGCUAUGAUACAUCAAAGAAUUCCAAAAAUGAAGAAGUUGUGAUGGUUGAAACAACAGGAAUCAUAAGAAACGUGGAGAACAACAGAAAUUGGGGUACAAACUGCAUUCAAGACAUUGGCAGUGAUGGUGGCUGGGAUGUCCCCUCAUCUGAGGUUGCCACAGGUGGUAGUUGGGAUUUCCUUGAUAAAAAGUGUCAGAAUGAUAGUUCUGGGUGUUGUGGGUCGAAACAUCUUGAUCACAAGCAUGGAUCUAGUGGCAAGUCCAUUCUUUUGCAAGAGAGGCAAUUUACAGCACAUGAAGCCUUGGACCAAGACCCAGCCAAAGGCUCUGUUUGCCUAAUACCCCCGUCAUGAUGAAAAACCUGGAUGUGGUUUUGCUUACACUAAGGUGGGCAACAGUCCAAAUUUUCAAGACAUUUAUUGCUUCUGGAUGGUGAGAACUGAUACCGGCUUUUCUCGCCACCAAUGCCUCCUAAAGAAAUUGAGAGGGAAACUCCUCUGUUCACAAAUAUGGAGCUUUGUGCACCAGAGCUAGAAUACCACCCGCGAAAAUCCAGUGGAGGAACCAAAGCCUGCCAACUAGCAGGUCAACUACAAACAUGCAGCCCUUAAACAGGACGUGCAGUAUACAAAGGAAUCCUGUAUGAAAGCAGGAAUUGUGAGCACCUGUAUGAUGUAACAACAGCAGAAAAAUUCCCAAUGAGUAGCUUAGAAAUUUUGUUGCACUAGUGUUGAACUUGGAACAUGUAGGACCACUUGAGCUGGUGAACUGAACUUUUUGACUUGGACAAUAGCUUUGCAAUUACAUUCGAAGCCCUAACUUUUGAUCAGCCUAA